AAAUUCCCCCCCCCUCUUUCAGAGCUAACAUACGGAAAACCUCCUAAAGCGCAAUGAUUUUAACUACUUUUGUCAUUAUGUUGUCCUUCCCGGCCUCGCUGUUCACCUUGAGGGGUGACAGCAGCUCGUCCUCCCGGGCCGUCCGCCUGGACUGUGUGAAGGCCAGCGAGCAGUGUCUGAAGGAGUACAGCUGCAGCACCAAGUACCGGACGAUGAGGCAGUGCGUGGCGGGGAGGGAGAGCAACUUCAGCGCGGUCACCGGUCCCGAGGCGCAGGUCGAGUGCCGCAGCGCAAUAGAUGCCAUGAAGCAGAGCCCCCUCUAUGAGUGCAGGUGUAGAAGAGGCAUGAAGAAGGAGAAGAACUGUCUCCGGAUCUUUUGGAGCAUAUUUCAGAGUUUGCAGGCUAAUGAUUUGCUGGAAUACUCUCCGUAUGAACCAGUCAAUAGCCGGCUCUCAGAUAUCUUCCGCCUGGCCCCCAUCAUAGCAGCUGAGCCUGCAUCCACAAAGGAGAACAACUGUCUGAAUGCUGCCAAGGCCUGUAACUUAAAUGACACAUGUAAGAAAUACCGCUCAGCUUACAUCAGCCCCUGUACUAGCAGGGUGUCCGCUUCGGAGGUCUGCAACAAGCGCAAAUGCCACAAGGCGCUACGUCAGUUCUUUGACAAGGUUCCAACUAAAUACAGCUAUGGGAUGCUGUUUUGCUCCUGUCCAGCGGGAGAUCAUAUGGCAUGUGCAGAACGCCGACGACAAACCAUUGUACCCGUCUGCUCCUAUGAGGAUAAAGACAAACCUAACUGUCUGUCUCUUCAAAACACAUGCAAGACCAACUACAUCUGCAGGUCAAGGCUAGCAGACUUUAUCAGCAACUGUCAGCCUGAAGCUCGCUCCAUAUCUGGCUGUCUGAGGGAGAACUAUGCUGACUGUCUGCUGUCUUACUCUGGUCUUAUUGGUACAGUGAUGACACCCAAUUAUGAGCGAUCACUUGGCAUCAGCCUGUCGCCAUGGUGUGACUGCAGCAGCAGCGGGAACAGCAAGGCAGACUGUGAUAGAUUUGCUGAGUUUUUCACCAACAAUCGAUGCCUACGUAAUGCCAUCCAGGCCUUUGGCAAUGGUACUGAUGUUGGAGUUUGGCAACCCCAACCUCCAAUUAAGCCUACUGUACUAGAGCCUAGCAUUACUCGAAGGGGUAAAGACCGAACCAGUAACGCACUGGAUGCACUGACGGACAUGAGCAAACUGGACCUUGAUGGCGACUCACUAUAUCACAUCUGUGGGACCUUACAGGCCCAAAAACUGGUGUCAAAUCAAACAGUGGAUACUUCUCAAUGUCUGCAUCAACUGGAGGAGUCCAGUGGCUCAAAUGCCAUUGCUAGAAGCUCAGCAGCUGAACUCACCGGCUUACACUCCUCCAGUAUGCUCCUCGCACUUGCCUUUGCUUUGACACCAAUACUAUCACCGGUUUCAAGCUUUUGUAGGAUCUGAGGAUGAUGGAUCAACACUCUCAUCUCAACUCGUUUUAAUUUGGACAUUUGCCAAAGUGUGACACCUGUUUUUUUUUUUUUUUUUUAAAUGGAAAUGAGCAACACAGCACAGUAACAGCACUGAAAUCAUAGACAACAGUGGAUUAUAUCUGAUGUUGACUGUUGCUGUGUUGAAAACAGACCUGCUGGAGCUGUUACUGAGAUAUCAACUUGUUUGCCUCGUGGGGGCAAUUUGGUGACUUCGAUAAUCAGAUUCACACUUAGAAACACUCGUGUUUUGGAGUCGACCCUGUGAUCUGAUAAACAUGAAUAAAUUCACCUCUCUGAAUGUGUGAAAUCGGUGCACAUUUGACUGAAUGAACUGCCAAUGUGGUGAACAGCGUUUUGAGGAUGAAGAUCAUUCUCUGUAUAACUGUGCUUUGAUUUGUCCUGCCAAUAAACUAAGGAAUACUAAGUGUUGAUCUAAAAGUGUUGAUCUACAAUAUGUGACAAUGAACAACUAACACAUUUCAUAGACACACUGUAUGGAAUAUGAUUCAUAAAACAUUUCAAAGCCCAUAACAUUUUUUGUCAGAGUAUCCUCAAAGGACAGACACAGCCAGAAAAAAGUAACAAUUAUCUCUUGUUCGGUACAAGUUGUAGAUCAGUUUUGUAGAUUUAUUUGAUUGCUAUGGUGGUUUAUGGGUUUAACACAUCACCUCUAAAAGAACAUUUUGUACAUACGAUACAUAAAGUGUACACUCUAUUACAGUAUGCUGCCGUUAGCUUGUAACAUAUUGUGUGUAAUGUUUUUGAGAGUCUGUUAGUAUCUGGAGACUGAGGCCUCUCAGCUUUCUCCAGUGUAAUUAUGAUUUAUAAAAUGUGACGGGGUAUGGUUCUUUACUCAUGUGGUUACAGGUCUGACUUUAUUGUGUGAUUAUAUGUUGAUGGCAAAGUGCAUAAUGUUAUCUUAAACAGUAUUUUUCUUGAGGAAUAUCAAACUAUCUGUAACAGCAACAAGAACAUAAAGCAUUUACAGUCUUCAUUGGCUAAAACGAAGCAAUGUUAUUCUUUUCUUUUCCUAUCGAAAGUAAAUAUGUUUUCAAGCUCGAUCCAGAUUCUUCAGACUGCCCCUAUUUGAUUUCAUUUUUCACACAACAUUUUGUCUUGGUAGAGAGCAAAAGGAAAGGAGGUUUGAUAAAUAAAGAAUGUGUACAUACCCACAAGCAGAGCAAAUGCCAAAAGACAAAAGCCAGUCGACAUUAAAUGCCAGCAAUUACUGCGGAUGCAAAUGGUGGAAAGAUGAAAACACUUACAUUGUUAUAUACUUAAUGACACCGUCAUUAUCAAAGAUAUUAAAAGAAUGUACAACAUAAUGGCAAUUAUGAACACUGAGAACUUGUUUUUAAACAUCUUUGCCAUUAAAAAAUAUGUGUCUGUUGAAAUAACUUCCCUGUAUGAUCUAAUAUAGCCUGUUAUGAUGCACUAGAUUGUGUAUCACAUUUUUUUCCUUCUUUUUUUUUUUAAAAGGUCAAAAAGGUUUGGGUUUAUCUAAUUUUUCCUUCAGAUAUUAAGCUGAAUACAUAUCUUACAGCAGCCCACCUUUAUGUACACAAAUUUUGGUUAUCUGUUCAGUGUUUGCCAAACAGCUGAAAUAAAAAUGGUGAACAGUGA